AUGGCUUCCAGCGUAUCCACUGCCCUCGACAAAUGGCGCGAGAUCGACCUUCCAUCCUUACAAUCUUUAGUCUCCCCACUCCCAGAUCAGUUGUUAUCAGCGCAGAAAGAGAGCCUUGUGUCUCGAAAGCGGCUCGCAGAAUCGACCAAAGAGUUCAAGAAACAAUCUGACGAAACGAAGGUCGAAACGUUCAAAGGAUUACUCAAGGCGUACCAGUCAGAGAUCGAUUCUCUCACAAAACGAGCUCAAAGCGCUGAAAAUGCAUUCUUGCGGAUAUGGAAGGCUCCUUCAGGCAUCGAAGGGGCGCCAGAUCCCUAUCCUAUGCUUGAGAUCCUGGUAGAUCAGGCAAUGGCGAUCAGCGACGCCGAGAACCUCAAGAGCAAACACGAGGCACUCCAGCAGUCGUAUGAAGAUCUGCUUCGCAAGACAGAAGCGAAUUCUUCCUUAGAGACCGACAGGGAUUCAAUUCAAGCACGCUUGGUUAACCUCGAAUCCUCGUUGGAGCAGCGUGUAAAAGACAGGACACAAAGUCUGGAGCGGGAAUGGGCUGCCAAGUUGGAUGAACGUUUACGCAACCACAAUGAGGAAGAAGCGGAGUCGAAGAAGGAGAUCGCGCGCCUAAAAAGCCAAGUGAGAGAGCUUAGAUCACAAGAAGAGGAGGUCACAAAGCGUGGGAUCAGUCAGCAAAAUGAGGCCGACUCAGGCUUCGAUGGCCACGCAAUGAACUCUUCAAGCGUCAACGCUGAUAUGGAGAUGAUGAUCUCGGAGCUUGAGAGGGCACAACGACGGGCUAGCGAUCUCGAGACAAGGAACGAGGCGCUCAGAGCUGAGCUCGAAGCUGCUCGUCACGGCCAAGAGACGGUCGCAAGCGUACAGGCGUUUGAACAUGAAAAAGCGAACCUGGCAGACGAAAAUCGCAAACUGAAAGCCCUUGUCGAUCGGCGGGAAAAGUCAGAAAGGGAGGCGAAGUCUCAAGAAGACGCUCGCAAGCGGGAUGCCGAGAAGAUGCUAGACAGCAAAGAGAAAGAGCUUUCUCUGCUUCGAGGAAAGCUUGAACGCCAACAGGACUAUGAGGAAAUCAAGCGAGAGCUGAUGAUCCUGCGAUCGAUCGAAUUUAGCGACGACGAUACGGAUGGAGAAGCUCAAGUAGCCGCUGAAAGUUCUUCGAGCGGGCUUGAAGCGUCACUGCUGCGCAAAAACAGAAAGCUUCAGGAUGAAGUCACCACUCUCCGGGUUCAAGCGACCGAGUCGAGCUCGGGCAUGCGGCAGAGUGCGGAAGAAGUCAAGUCGCUAAGGGCUGAACUCGCUCGGCUUAAGAGCCUCAAUCAGCGCUUGGAGAACGACCUGGUUUCGCUCAACGGUCCGACACACACCAAGCCACCCAAAAGUGGCAAGACCGAUCCCCAGUCGCCAGCGCCCAACGACGUGGCUGUUGCCGCCAGUUCCUUCCCGGCAGGGACAGUCGCUUCUUCUGCGAAUGCAGAAAGCGGGAUCCUUCCUAUCAUCACCUCCCAGCGCGAUCGCUUCCGCACAAGAAAUGCAGAGCUGGAGGAAGAGCUGCGGAAGCAAGCGCACGUUGUCACUGAGCUGCGCAGCGAAGUUUCGAAGCUGCAAGCCGACAACUUGGGGCUGUAUGAGAAGCUGCGGUACCUGCAAACGUACGGGUCGGAAGGAGCGACAGGCAGCAAUACGCCCAACGGCGCCGGCGGCAGCAGCAGCGUGACAAUCGGCGUCUCCGCGCACACAGACGCGAGCGGCGCGUAUCCGCCACUAUCUGGCGACAAUUUUUCUCAACGGCGAGAGGAUCGCUACAGGCAGAAGUAUGAAGAAAGGAUGGACCCGUUUCAAGCGUUCAGGGGCAGAGAACAAUUUCGCGCGCUCACAACGCUCAACCCGCUGGAGCGAUUACUACAUACGCUCACCAGACUGGUGCUCGGGCACAGGAGGAUGCGCAUCGCAUUCAUGGUAUACACGCUUGCUAUCCACAUUCUGGUCUUCUUCAUGCUGUUUGAGUCCACUGUUAGGUGA